CUCAUAAAGUACCUCAGAUGUAACUGUGUUAUAUUAAUGAGAAUUGAAUUACAGAAUUUACUUGGAUGACGUCAUUUGAACGAGCUCUGAUAGUGAUUUCACCCGGAUUUGGUUCUGAGUCAAAAUUAAGUUUAUUCGGGGGUUCUGAAUUGUUUUGAUCCAAUGCCGCAUUUCCUGUAUAAAAGCGACUUGUAUAGUUUUUGAGCACAUAUCGAUACCUGCUAGCGGCCAUUACACCCACCCUGGUGUGUGCACCGCAUAGGACAAUCAGUGUUGAAGUUCAGAAGCCCUCUGUGUGUCAUUCGUACCUCAAUAUACACUUUCCCCCCCUUUUGACGGCGAUGUCCAGGCGAGUCGACGUGGAACGAAAGGCCAUGUUGGAUCGACUGACCAGGCUUAGGAUUGACCAGCACAAACCCCGCUCGGACGACAGCGACGGGGAGGUGGACCUCGUCACUCUGAUGAAGAACAAGUGUGGCAGUGAUGUAUUCGACCCGUCCAGUAGAUUCAGUACUGAAGGUUUCGCUUACACCAGGAGUCGUGGCCGCCGGAAGUCCAAAGAGUUUGAGGAUCUCCUGAUGCAUACUGCCACCGGAAGUCUUCAUCUGUUUGCCCUCACACAUAAAUCAGGGUUCCUUCGUCCCAAAACCUCCAGCCCAAGACGACAAGCCACUGGACACGACACACUCCCCAAAUCGACAGAUGAAAACAAGUCCAGUCAGCUUCACAAGACACAUCGACCUUUACAGAGGUCGGUGUCAGACCUUCACAGCAGAGUUAGCUCCCUUGGCACGCCACCACAACCUCGAGAACAUACAGGGAGUCCCCCCACUCCUGGCAGCCCGGCCAGCAAGAGAGUUCAGAAACAAACCAUGUCCCCACUUGCCUCCCCUAAACGACAGGGGAAGAAAUGACAGACAACCACGUUAUGCUCACAUGCAGUGACGACACCCUUUUGGCAUGGGACGCCGGACCGGAUUACGUGCUAUGCCCUUGUUAAGUGGCAUCUCGGAUGCCCUUGGUGCAGUACGCUGGAUGCCAUGAAAUGUUUAUCUGCUACGCGGAUGCCAAUGUUUCAAUUUCAAUGUUCAAGAUUAAAUUUUCGUCUUUUUUCUUGCAAAGAGUUACAAAUCAAUAAAAUAUUUUGCCCUGAG